AUGUUUUUGUAAAUAUAGUUUGAGCUAAUAACUUUACUUGUAAGGCAGUGCUGAUUUCAGUGUGGUUCUCUUCUCUUUAUUCUUGCAUUGAUUCUGAAGUUUGUGCAUAAUUGUGCCUGACUUCUGAUUUUGGUAAUUGUCCACCCCACCACUCUUUUUUAGUGUCUAGAACUAGAAUUUCAGUAAUUGGGGAAAUUGGGUGAUGUGAGUGUUUUCUUGCUUUGCCUUGUAAGUGGUGGAUCCUCUAGCUUGCAUAAGGAAGUAAGGCUAAACCAUAUUUAGUGUUCAUAAAUCAUAGUUGGGCAUUGCUUGAAUGCUUGGUUAUGUUGAGGACCAAUUGAAGUAACCACUCAUAAUUCAUUUUCUGGUGUGUGUAAUCUUUUUACUCACUGUAGAUGAAUUAGAUGUUUUCUGAUAUUGAAAAAAUAAAUAGAUGCUUUCAUUGGUCAGCGAUGUGUUAAUUUGAUCAUCCCCUUUUUCUGAGAUAUGCUCUAGAUCCUUUAUCAAGUACCUUCAAUCUGUGGAUGGUCUACCUCUUAGAUGUGGAAUUGAUAACUGAUUAUAAUUUAGGAAUGGAAAAUCUUGGUCUGAAACUGUCCCCUCCACUCCGUGAAAUUCGGGAUUGAGAUUUGAGAGUUCUUUAUAAGGAGGGCAGCCUGUGUCUGACAGUACUUUUUAGUGAAAUGCUGGAAUUCCAUAUCAUUUUGUUUUGAGUUAUCAUGUGAAAAGUGCAAUUUGUGUAGUUUGUUUGGAUGUCUGUUUAUACUGUUGGAAACGACCUCUUAUUUGUAGUGGUGUUACCAGGAGAUUCCAAAUUGAUUUUGAAUAUUUUGAUUUCUUGUGUAAGUUAAACACUGCUAGAUUUUCUUCUAUUUUAGUGGCCCCUGCUAGGUAGAAUACUGGAAUUGUGCUCUGAAAGUUUAACUUGCUAUUGGCUGUUGCUGCCUUGAUGGAUGUAUGAUUUUGUAUGCAAAUGCCAUACAAGAGGCAUUAAUAUGGUGCUAGCCUUGUAUUCAGAAACUCAUAAUAUAAUGAUCUCAUUAUCUCAUCAUUAGUAUUUAUUGUCAGCUUUCUUUUUGUUGAGGGUUAUAUUACCAUAUAUAAUGCCUCAAAAACUAUUGGAUAACUGAGGUUGUUGUUUUAAUGCCUCAAAAACUAUUGAAUCAAUUACCCUAAAAAAAGUAUGCAAAUCCCGUGUUAAUCUUAAUUUGACGGAUUCAUUUUCAUAGAAAGUAGGGAGGAUACUGAUGCUUUUUCUUAUUUCAACUGAAAUUGAUAACAAAUAUGGAGAGAGAGAGAGAGAGGAGGUAAGGUUUUAACGGACUUAUCUCAAUUUCACAGAUGAUAAAGUAAACACGUAAAGAUAAAUAACAAUAUAAAGAUAAGGAUAAAUCCAAACCUAGCCAGAGACUAUCUCACUUAUCUCAAUCGCUCAUUGCAUAUUUUUUUUUCCAUGGAAUGAGGUGUAGAAACUCUUUUUCAUUAUUUUCUAAUGCUAUUCUUAUUUAGUAUUCUUUUUUUUUUUUUUUUUUGGGUAGUGAUCAUGAUCAUUGGCAGAUGACAUCUACUUCUCAUCUUGACUUUUUUUGUUUUAUUUUCUUGUUUCUGUCUUGGUUUCAAUUUAUUCCCACCUCCUAAAAGUAUUAUGAUGAUAUCCAUGCUUUGUUGCUAAGGCUUUUUUGUAAAGAAAAACACUCAAAUAUGCAAGUAUUCCUCUUUUAUGUGUGAAAAAUAGUAACUAAAGUUGAGUUUAAUAUACAAAGGGCUCUAGAUGGAUACAGCUGACCAAAGAAAAGGCGAGUAUCCUCCUACUAGGGAUACAGAGAACCCACUAUUGGGAAAAUUUGACAAGCCACUUCCAUGUUUUGGCUGUGGCAUUGGAUGGUUCUCUCUUCUGCUAGGAUUUGUUUGCCCACUAAUGUGGUAUUAUGCUACAAUUCUCUACUUUGGAAAUUACUAUCAUAAGGAUCCAAGAGAGCGGGCUGGGCUUGCUGCUUCUGCAAUUGCUGCUCUACUUUUCACAAUUGCCGCAGUGAUAACAGUAGCUGUUAUUUUCUUGUAAUUUACCUUUCAACUAACCACCUAUCUCUAGCUAAGGUGACAAAAAAAUCACUUCUAAUAUCAGCCCCUACACGAGGAAGGCAAGCCUGAUCCAUCCACGGUAGAUCAAACUCUUGUGAUCAUCAAGAAAAAUAGGUACCAAAGCACCAAAGGUCUAAAGCUAUUUCCAUUCCAUUAUGUGGAUGUAGAGCUGCUUUUUUCCCCCUUCUUGGAGUUGUGUAUAGACAAGGAUGAUAUAACUCGGAUUUUAUCAAAAAAGAUGGUUCAGUUAACUUAUUUUGGUGUGUAUGUGUCUCGUGUUGGUAACUAGUUGCUAUCAUUAAUUUAUUAGAAAAAAAACAAGAAAGUGAAAAUAUAGUGCUGCUGGUAUUUGAUCAUAUGAAAGCCUGGUUUUAUGUGCUGUUCUCCGCUUGAAUCCAGGGUGAAGCUGGUGGUAUCUGGUGCAUGAGGAAGACCCCAAGUUGAUGUCCUUUGGAACACUCCUCAUAUUGUUCACGUUCAAGUAGAAGUUGCAUUUUUGCUAAGUACUUCAAGAUGAGAAAUGUUCAAAAGAACCAAAACAGGUGUAAAGUACUUGAUGUGUCAACGCUUGGUCAUGAAUAUUUGCAGUUGCUAUCUAACAAGUUUAAGAUAGCCUUUUAAUUGCAAUUGCAUUUCAGCUAUUUGUGAUUCACCUAAUAACUUUGGUAUGACAUGAUUCUAAAAUACGUGGAGAGCAUCAAGAAUCCCUCUCUCAAAGAA